AAUUGUAAAAGUUUUGUCCAUUCCCUUGCCUAACAUGGAUGACCCUAACCCAACAUUACGGAAAUCCAAACCAUACAACAAAUGCGAUUAUGUUGCUCUGACAGAAAACGGUAUUGUGAUGUUCUUGACUGAUGGUCUUAAGAACUUGUGUAAACGUCUUGUUUACGAAAAAGGAGAGGAGACCGUUUAUUCACAUGUCAAAUACCCAUUGAAGGUUUAUGAUAUGAUUUACAUUAAGGACUUUGAUGAGCUGGCUGUUUCUACAUCUGACGAGGAAGUGCUUUUCUUUGAUUACAAAAGGCUUUAUCAAGGUCUUUCUGGUAUAAAAUAUUGUAUUGUAAAAGAUGACUGUAUAGUUACAUCUAUUGAUUACACUCGUAUGAACGCUAUGGGCAUGUUUUCAAUUGCAGAUGAAUCAGGAUCUUUUACCAUAUGCAUCAGUAAAGAUGUUUUAAAAGGAGGCAUCUUACCACAAAAACUGCUUAAAGACCUGAAUGCAAAAUACUAUAAAGGCGUCUCUGUGUCGACCCUGUUGAAAUAUAAGACUGCAGAUUUUCAUACUUUCAGGAUCUCACUUUUUUCUGACGUAUUAGCUAGUGUGCAGUAUAUUCCUCUUAUCCAUUCUUAUGUUGUCUGUGAGCGUUCAGCUAAGCGCAUGACUGUUGUUAGUUGCAGAUUUUCAUCCUGUCUAGAGUACACAAGGAUAAACACUACAACAUUUAGCAGUGUAGGGCAUUUAAGGUUCUUCAAAUGCGCGAGUUUCACAAAUGUAAGAGAGUUUUUGAUUUCGGGUGGAGACGAUGGUGUUUUACGAACCUGGGUAGUGGGCAAAUUGCUAUGUCAGCAUAAACUGACAGGACACCAAAGUCCAAUUGUCAGUGUCAAGUAUAGUGAUUUGGAGAGAAAAAUUUUUAGUGUUUCAACUGACAAAAAUGUGAGAAUCUGGAAUGAGUCAGAUUUGACCUGUUUGCAGAGUUUCUUCGUUGAUUGUUUGAAAACUAAAACUAUUUCUGCUGUGUGCUACGAGGAAAGCAAUAAUGAGCUUAUUGUGGCUGAUAAAGAUUUAGCAAGAUGCCUUGGACGAGGAACAGAUGCUUUCCAACAACGUAUUUCAAGUCAUGACUUGCCAUUGUGGAAUGUUAUUUACAACAGCCAUUACAAGCAGGUUGUGUCUCUUUCUCAGUAUGGUUUCAUAAGAGUAUCGCAAAUUAAUAGCACUUUCUAA